AUCGAGAGUUUUGAUUGUUGUGAGGUCAGCCGGGUUACUUCCGGUUGUCGUUCUUUUCUUUUGAAACGUCAAAAAGUCUGCACGUUUCGCAUUCAUUUUCGUGAAAAUUCCACAAUUUUCCCACUAAUACAGGAUGCCGCGUGAAAUCAAGGAAGUUAAGGAUUUCCUCAUCAAAGCACGCAGGAAAGACGCCCGUGCUGUGAAGAUCAAGAAGAAUCCCCAGAACACCAAAUUCAAGAUUCGCUGCUCACGAUUCCUCUACACCCUCGUGGUUACGGACAAGGAGAAGGCAGAGAAGCUGAAGCAAUCCCUCCCACCAGGUCUCCAGGUGAAAGAAGUGAAGUAAACAAAGUGUCUGGGAUUUGAGGUUAUGGCGUGUGGAGUGCCGGAAAGGAAAUAAAAACACGCUUUUGCAAAAAA